AUGUCUGCUCACACUAUGAAAGCCCUUACCAUCGACGGCAAGAGUGCCGCUUCGGUCAAGACGAUCGACACGCCGAAGCCGGGCCCUGGCCAAAUCCUCGUCAAGGUGGCGGCCAACGCGCUGAACCCCACGGAUUGGAAGCACCUGGACUACUUUGGCAUCAAGGACGCGAUCGUCGGCUCGGACUUUAUUGGCACGGUGGUCGACAAGGAUGCGAAUGCCGGGAACACGGUCGAGAUUGGCGAGCGUGUCGCGGGCUGCGUGCGCGGUGGGCACACGCCCGGCAUGGGCGCCUUUGCGGAGUACCUGGUGACCUACCCGUCCGCUGUGACGACGGUGCCUGACUCGAUCUCGGACGUCGACGGCGCGGGUCUGGGUGUUGGUGGAUUUACUGCGCUGUUCGGCCUCUUCCAGCCGAAGCACCUCGGCCUGCCGGUGCCGCCUCGCGGCCCUCUGCCGGACGUGGACCCCAAGCUCAAGGUGCUUGUGUGGUCGGGUGCGUCGUCGACGGGCCAGUUUGCCAUCCAGGCUGCGCGUGCGACGGGUGCCUACGUGAUUGUGACGGCGUCGUCGAAGAACCACGAGUGGCUCAAGUCGCUGGGUGCGGCGGAGGCGUUCGACUACUCUGACCCUGAGACGCCCGCCAAGAUUGCUGCGGCGCACCCCGACCUCGCGUACGCGUUCGACUCGCGCUCGGAGCAGGGCUCACAGGAGGCGUGUGCUCGUGCGCUGAGCAAGGAGGGCGGCAAGGUUGUGUGUCUGCUGCCUUUCAACCCCAAGACGGUGGCCGAGGCGAACCCCAAGGUGAAGACGACCUUUUUGCUGCUCUACACCACCUCGGGCGAGCGCACGGAGAUGUUCUCGAUCGUAUUCGACGAGGCGUACUGCCAGGAGGACAUGCGCUACAUGCAGGAGAUGGCCAGCGGCAAGAACGGUCUCAUGUUCCAGCUGCUCUCGUCGGGCGCGCUGCGCCCGAACCGCUCGACGCUGCAGACGGGCGGCUUCGACGCGGUCCUUGCUGGCCUCGACCGCAUGCGCAACGGCCAGGUUUCGGGAGAGAAGCUAAUUUACAAGCAGUAG